AUGUAUGUUGGAUUCUCUACUGGCAUUCAAAAGCUAGAAAGCAAGCACUAUAUCUUGGCAUGGAGCUUCGUGAUGGACGGAAAAGCACCAGAAUUGGACCUCUCACGCCUUCCUUCUAUUCCUCAGGAUUGUACUCCACUAUGGAAGUCUUUUAAGUUGUUCCUUUUCAUUUCUGCAGCAUUAGUGGCCCUGUUAUUUCUCAUCAUCAUGGUUGGCAUAUCUUAUUUGACCAAGAGGAAGAGGAAGCUCAUGUUUGAGAAGAUAGAUGGAUGGGAGAUGGACUACCCACAUAGGCUCCCCUACAGGAAAAUCUACAGGGCAACUAAAGGUUUCGAGGAAGAGUUGGGGAAAGGAGGCUUUGGCAGUGUCUACAAAGGUCCGCUGCCCAGAAGCGGAAUCGAGGUUGCAGUGAAGAGAGUCUCACAUGGUUCAAAGCAAGGAAUGAGGGAAUUUGUGGCAGAAGUGUCAUGCUUGGGGAGGACAAGGCAUAGAAACCUGAUCCAAUUGCAUGGUUGGUGUAGACGAGGCGAAGAUCUACUCCUGGUUUAUGAGUUCAUGCUGAAUGGGAGUCUAGACUGUCAUCUUUUUGAGACAGAAGGGAGCAGGUUGAGUUGGGUACAGAGGUUCAAGAUUCGAAAGGUAAUUGCUUUUGGCUUGCUGUAUCUUCAUGAAGAGUGA